GUCAGGUUCGCCAGUGACUGUAAUCGCCUCAUUGACUGCCCUCUCUUAUGACGGACAUCACGGAUGCAACCGUCAUUGCCCUAAACCAGCGCAUUCCGCUGAAUGGUGAAGCUACCACUCUUGAACUUUUAGAUACCCAGCUUCAAGAACGACAGGCAAAGCACCAAAUACUAUUACAAGAGCUUAAUCAAACAACAGACAGAACACGCACCACUAUUGCGACUACACUGCAACGCACUCAGCAGGCUGUUGAUAAACUAAAGAACUUGCAAGCUAAACAGACCUACGACGAAACUUCAUUGCAAGAGUUUUGCGCUCAGCACUCGCCAGAACAAAAGGAUACCCACAAACAAGCUGAGAUUGUGAGUAACCUGGUGGACCUGGAGACAAAACUAACGAGAUUGGAUAACACACGUCAGUAUGUUAAAGUGUUGAUUAUAGUCGACGAGCUGAGUUCUCGUGCAAAAUCUUUAGUGAAAGAUGAUCCACAGGCUGCUCUUAAGCCUUAUAGCCAACUCGCAAAAUUGAUCAAAGUAACAAAGUCGUCCAGCCCGCCCGGAUGCAAUGCUGAAUUAACGAACUAUAUGACAAAACGGCAAACAACGCUAUGGGAGGAGCUCAAGGAUAUACUGUCCAAGAAAUUUGAAGACACGCUAAAAGCUCUCCAAUGGCCAGUACCAUUAAAGCCACCGUACAACAUUCAGACCAAGGAAUAUGUUAAGCACUUUGAACAAGCGUUUUCCGAUCUCUUGCUGCUUCAGUUACCACUGACUGGAUUGGAUGAGUCUGAUGAGGUCGUUGAUGAAGAUUCGUACCAUGCGCUUGUACCUAUUCAAAUCAUGCUUAGCGCUCUUUCCUUGCGCUUUCGAUUCCACUUUGAGGGCUCUCGGCCAACCAACCGAUUGGAUAAGCCCGAAUGGUAUCUGAACCACACUAUACAAACAAUAUCACAGCAUCUACCUUUUAUCAUAGGAGUGGUACAACCAAUCAUUGACAAAUUCAACUCACCUUCACUACGAAACUCUGCAAAGACGGACUUCAUCACAGGCAUUCUUAAAGACCUUCAGCGGAAAUUGCAAAAAUCCAUACCGCAGAUCUUACAGCAACCAGCUCUUCUCAGCCAUACCAUCCAUGAAACGUUGUCCUUUGAUCAGACUUUGCGAGAUCGUUUUGCAUACACUGCACCGAGGGGCUCAGAGUUUAAUUUAGGUCUUGCUCAGGUCAUAGUAGGGAACCCUGAAUGGUUUGAUGCCUGGCUCAAAAUGGAAAAAGAAUUUGCUGUCGCACGCUUUGAUGAAAUUGUUCACGAUCGCAGGGCUUGGGACUUCACGGGUGACGAAGAUGAUAAUAGAGGAGCGGAAUACAUGCAUGACGACGAGGAAGACAAUUACCAGGAGGAUAAAGAUGCUGUUCUAGCCACCAAAUCUGCAUCUCGCAUAUUGAGUCUGGUGGAAGGCAUUACAGAAUCCUAUCGCUUGUUACCACUAUUUGAGCAGCGAUUGCGGUUUCUAAUGGAAAUUCAGAUCGAUCUCCUGGAAUCGUACCAUCGAAGGAUAGCUUCAGCUGUUGACUCGUUCGAAGCAUUGAGUCUCAUUCGCUCAGUACCAGUUCCAGGAGCCUUACCAGAUGCUGUAACAGGGGUAAUGACGUCCACGGAAAAGUCAGGAACGACGGGUGGCUUACAGAGACUCUGCCGAUGGUGGGCAAGUGCCAUAACCGUUCACGAUCGCAUCCUUGAAUGGGGAGAAGAUGAUUUCUUUCUGGAGAUGUGGAGUGACUUGAAUCAUAAAGCAGCCAAAGCGCAAGCGUUGGCUGAACUGAACACUCCAAUGAGUGCACUUCCUGACCCAGCUAAUUACGAAGAUGGAACUAUCUUUUCUGAAGUGGCCGACGAACUUUACGAUACCCUCUGUGCGAAGAUACAAAAGACGGUUGUCAAAAUGGUUGCUAAAGAUUGGAGUGUCGGAGCUCGAUCCUAUGCAAAGAGCCGGAACUGGUCAAUGCCAUUUUCUGAUGCCUCGCCAUCCGAAAUAUCAGCAGAACUAUACCGACCUGUGGCUGAUUUGAAAAGAAAUCUUACCUACUUGGCGUCAGCGCUCCCUUCAUCACUAUUUCACUCCGUGCUCCGAAAUAUACUAUUGGAUCUAGAUGACUGGUUCUGGAAGAACAUUGUUGUUGCUCACCAAUUUUCACGGCAAGGAGGAUAUCAGUUGCAACUCGAUGCUACAAUUGGCAUAUGGCAAAUUGCCAAGGCGUGGGUGAAAAAGCCAGAAAACUUUACAAAAAGAUUGAAAGAGGCACUUAUCUUACUUACAUUACCUAGCAGUACUACUGCUAAUACCAGUCAAUCCUCGGUCUCUGAUCCGCGUCUGACAUGCACCUUCUUCAUAAACGCAAUAUCCAGCGGCGAUCAGGAAGAGGAUGUUGCGGACAUUUGCAACGCUCUGUCCAUGGAGAGACUCGAUGUGGCACAAAUAAGAGAAGUUUUGAGGCGAAGGUCUGAUGUGGCAGCUGGUUGGUUCUAAUCACCUAUACUCACGAAAUAAAAAAAGAACACGUACUGUUGGCCCUUUGUAUCCCUUGUAUUGAAAUCAAGGGACAUGUAUGUCCCUGU